UUUGGCAAAACAGCUAGCAGAUGCAGACGGGGAGGCAGAGGGAGGAGAGAAAGCUGGGCUUCAGCAACCUGCCACGGAAAUUUAAACAAAGGAGGUUUGAGAGAGGCGGAUCCGGCUGAAAUAUCGGCACGGGGACACAGAGACCGCUGCUGGACUCUCGGGAUGAAACGGAAUCGAUUCCCAGCGUCUCCAUUGGGGCAGGAGUGUCUGGAGUAUGUUCCAAAAUAAGAACUCAGAGAAACGAGUGAGUUUGGAAAAAAGACUUACAGAUUUUGACGGUCUCUGACAUUUCACCCUUCUUUGAGGCAUGCCUUUAUCAAUGCGUUACCUCUUUGUAAUUUCUGUCUCUAGUGUAAUUAUUUUCAUCGUCUUCUCUGUGUUCAAUUUUGGGGGCGAUCAAAGCUUCCAGAGGCUAAAUAUCUCAGACUCUUUGAUGCUGACUCGAGUUUGCACAUCUUUUAUCAAUGGGAAAACACCUUUCCUGUGGAAAAACAAACUAAUGAUCCAUGAGAAGUCUUCUUGCAAGGAAUACUUGACCCAGAGCCACUACAUCACAACCCCUUUAUCUAAGGAAGAAGCUGAAUUUCCCUUGGCGUACAUAAUGGUCAUCCAUCAUCACUUCGACACCUUUGCAAGGCUCUUCAGGGCUAUUUACAUGCCCCAAAAUAUCUACUGUGUCCAUGUGGAUGAAAAAGCAACAACUGAAUUUAAAGAAGCAGUAGAGCAACUAUUGAGCUGCUUCCCGAAUGCUUUUCUGGCUUCCAAGAUGGAACCAGUUGUCUAUGGUGGGAUCUCCAGGCUCCAGGCUGACCUGAACUGCAUCAAAGAUCUUUCUGCCUUGGAGGUCUCCUGGAAGUACGUUAUCAACACCUGUGGGCAAGACUUCCCCCUGAAAACCAACAAGGAAAUAGUUCAGUAUCUGAAAGGAUUUAAAGGGAAAAAUAUCACCCCAGGAGUGCUGCCCCCGGCUCAUGCAAUUGGACGGACUAAAUACGUCCACCAAGAGCACCUGGGCAAAGAGCUUUCCUAUGUGAUAAGAACCACAGCAUUGAAACCACCUCCCCCCCAUAACCUCACGAUUUACUUUGGCUCUGCCUAUGUGGCUCUAUCCAGAGAGUUUGCCUAUUUUGUUCUGCAUGACCCACGGGCUGUUGAUUUGCUCCAGUGGUCCAAGGACACUUUCAGUCCUGAUGAGCAUUUCUGGGUGACACUCAAUAGGAUUCCAGAACGUAAUUUGCCAAGAUCUACCACUUGUAUUUCAUAUGUAAAUGAAGAGGCUUCCCGGAGGCUGGGCUGAGCUGGGCUGGGCUGAGCUGAGUCUCUGCAAACAGCAGGGAUUCAGCCCUGGGGAA